UUCGGCUCAGCGGGAGUGUCUGAGUCUGAGGAAGUUUGAAGAGGCUCAGGCGGUUAGCUGUCUGACAGACUGAGGGAAAUGAUUGUUCUUAGGAUUUUAUACGUUUUAUAUGAGAUUUGCGAAGUUUGGGUUACAUGUUGAGGCUGAGUUUAAAGGGGGAAUUGGUAGCUUUCGCAACAAAAGCGUUUCGGUUUUGUAAAAUAACUAGGGUCUAGGGUUACUUAGCAACUCUGUGCUAACCUAACCUAGCUGCUCUGGUUAAUAAGUGAUGUUUCGGUUUUGCUUCUGUUCGUCCGUUUUGAUUUGUAUGUGUGGAGUCCAGCUUAACGGAGGUUAACUCUCCGAUGUGUUUAUCUAGCUAACUUAGCUAACAGACGUGUUUAAACACACAGUAAGAGUUUAGUUAGACAGUAAAGGAGGUCAGUUGGAUAAUAAAAGUUUAGGCUAGUUUUGGAAAUGGCUCCUAGAAGGAAGCAGCUGCCUGCCGAACUGCCUGAAGGCUGUAUUUUGAGAGACACUGAAAAGAGGGAAUGGCGUCUUGGCAAAAUCAUUGGCAGAGGUGGAUUCGGACUGAUUUAUCUGGCUUCAGAGUGUGGGAAGCACAUGAAUGCACCUAUACCAGAAAAUACUGACUUUGUGAUUAAAGUUGAAUUUUAUGAAAAUGGACCAUUAUUUUCAGAGCUGAAGUUUUAUCAAAGAGCAGCAAAACUGGACAAUAUUAAAACCUGGAAGAAAAGCAGAGGACUUGAUUUUUUGGGUAUUCCAACUUACUGGGGCUCUGGACACUCUGAGUUCAAUGGAAUAAGGUACAGGUUCAUGGUGAUGGACCGGCUGGGUACUGAUUUGCAGAAGGUGAUUGUGGAAAAUGGUGGACAACUGAGGAAGCAGACUGUGUUGCAGUUAGGUUGCCUCAUGCUGGACGUGCUGGAAUAUAUUCAUGACAGCGAAUACGUCCACGCUGACAUUAAGGGUGCCAAUCUCUUACUGGGCCACAGAGACCCUGGAAAGGUAUACUUGGCUGACUAUGGUCUGUCAUACAGAUACUGUCCAAAGGGAGAGCAUAAAGAGUACAGAGAGAACCCAAAGAAAGGACACAAUGGCACCAUUGAGUAUACAAGCAUUGAUGCACACAAAGGCGUAGCCUCAUCCAGACGAGGGGACCUGGAGGUGCUGGGCUACUGCCUGCUCCAUUGGCAGUGCGGAACUCUGCCCUGGCUCUCAGUGCUUAGGAAUCCAACGCAGGUCCAGGAGGCCAAGGCCAAGCUGAUUGCUGACCUGCCAGACUCAGUUCUCCGAAUGUCUUCCUCCAGCUCCACUACAGCAGAAGUGGCCAGGUUCUUUCUUGGCGUGAGAGAUCUUGGAUACAAAGACAGGCCAGACUACCAGGCCCUGAGGAAGGUCCUGAUAGGGUCUGGGCCGUGGGGCCCCCUGGACCUCUCCAGGCCGAGAGCAGUGGAGACAGCCAGGCCUGCCACGAACAGGAAGAAUGGCAGUCAAGCCAAGUCUUCAGCGAGAUCACCAACCAGACCAGAACCGAUCAAUGGAGAUGAAGAUGGGAACGUGGCUAAAGUGAAAUCAAUACCAGCCAGAGUUCGCUACAGAGCCCCAGGAGAGGCAGGAAAGACCAUAGAGCAGGAACCAUGGAAAGCUGUGUCAACAGCUAAAAAAACAACCAAAUCUAAACCUGUAGCAAACUGCAGUGAUGAAGACUAUGACGAGGACUAUGAUGACCAUUUGAUGUCAAGUGUCCGUCCCAAAGCACAAGUAGGAAGACAACAGAGACAGAGACAAAAACAUGAACAAUUGGCUCCAGUGUCUACAACCAGGAGAACAGAUGAGGAUGAGGAUGAGGCCUGGCUGCCCACGAGAAGACGACAGAGGGACCAAAUUCUUCGCCCGAAGUAUAACACAGAUGUCCCUGACCACUGGGGAAGAAACGGUCACUCAUAUGAUGACUACAGCGCAAGAAGACCCAGUGACGAGGGCUACUGGAAGAACCAGAAUCAUACCUUCUGGGAGGAAGUCGACUGGGAGAAUGAUGGACAGCAAUGGAGUAGGAGUGAUUAUGAUGGUAGAGAUGACUGGUACAGGCACAAUCACAGUAACUGCAAUAACGCACAAAACAUAAACCGUACACACUGGAGCCGCAAAAUGUAUGCAGGCAUUGUCGUUGCUGUGCUUCUCAUUAUGCUGGCAGAGUUUUUUUAA